CUUUUUAAAUGAUUUGGGUGAUUCUUAUCUCGGAAGUAUCUUAAAAACGAGGAAUGAGAGGAUCAUAUAUUCAUUUACGCAUGAGAGUUGCCUGCCCUUGUGAAAUUGAGAAGGAAAGAAAGACUAUCUCCUGUUGCUUGGAGCUAAGGGAAGGGACUUUGUAGCUUGCUUGUUUCUAGUGUGGAAUUACUCAUGUUCAAUGGAAGGUUUUGGUGCUCGAUGUUGAUAAGGAUGGUUUUCAGCUUUGUUUAGGCAAUGCGAUUACUUUUUGUUGAACCGACUUAUGAAACGGUAUCUGUUAUGUGAUCAACCAUUUGCAGACUGUGGUCUAGAGAAAGAACAUCAGUUGCACAAGAGUCAUUGUUUUGGGUCAUUUGAGAUAAAUUGCCGUCCUAAUUAUCUGCUCCAUUUCUGUAGCUUUUCCUCUACUUGUCGGGGCAGUGUGAUGACAUAUUUUCACAUAUAUCAUGGUUGAUGGCAUGUGGAUAUGAAAUUUACCGUGUGGGUUUUUUUUUUUUCCCCCUCUGCCGCCUGCCAGAUGUCUUACUCCAGAAGGUCCGAUUAUUCUCCUUCUCCUUCACCUCGGCGGAGGUAUAGCAGGUCAAUCUCUAAUUUGAGGUCUGUGUCAAGGAGCAGAUCAAGGAGUGCUUCAAGCGAUGUUGAGAACCCUGGCAACAAUUUGUAUGUAACAGGACUGUCCCCCCGGAUUACAAAGAGGGAACUGGAAAAUCAUUUUGUGAGCGAGGGAAAGGUAGUGGAUGUGCAUCUCGUGGUUGACCCAUGGACAAGGGAAUCUCGUGGUUUUGGGUUUGUUACCAUGUCAACUGUCAAGGAGGCCGAGCGGUGCAUCAAGUGUUUAGAUCGAUCUGUGCUUGAAGGUCGUGUAAUCACUGUUGAAAAGGCUAGAAGGAGGAGGGGAAGAACUCCUACUCCAGGAAGGUAUCUCGGGUUGAAGACUAUUCGAGUGCGCCGGCGCUCUCCCAGUUACUCUCCCCCUAACUCUCCCCGUCGGACUCCAAGCUGUUCUCCCUAUAGUAGGAGCAGGUCUCCUCGUUAUUCAUCUGAUCACAGCAGGGGCAGAUCCUACUCCUCUUACCAUAGGAGGCGCAGAUCAGACUCUCCUUACUAUGGUCGGCGAAGGGCUUAUUCUCCUUGUUAUAGUCGACGAAAAUCGUACUCUAGAUCCCGUUCCCCUUACAGCAGAUCGCCAGUGUAUCAUUGCGAUCGGUCCUACUCUCCAUAUGAUUCGAGGGACUACUCUCCAGAUGAUCGCUAUCACAGAAGGAGCCGUUAUCGAUCUAUUUCCAGAACUGUGUCAUCAGGAAGAGGAAGAUACUCUAGGAGCAGCUACUCUCCGAGGCUGAGGAGGAGUAGAUACUACCCUAGCGAAUCUCCAAAACCUAGGAGAAGGUCAAGGAAGAGCUAUCGUAGCACCUCAAGAAGCCCGAGGAGGAGUUCUAAGCGGAGCUACUCGUCCAGGCGCGGUUAUUCAAGGGAUAGCUAUUCUUCUAGGAGUGUGUCUCCGAGCCACAGUGUUAGUGCAAGUUCCAGAGCGGUAUCAAGGUCUAACACGCCGAGGUCCUCAUCUUCAGCUUAAUCAUUGUUUCAGGGGAAGGGGUAUUUGUGAUUUGCUUGUUAGUCGGUCUGGUUUCUUCAUACUGGGUUUAGUGCUCGUUGUUUCGAACUGGCAGUUCAGGAUUCUGUGUAGCCCUCCUAGCUGGG